UUUAUUUGUAUUUUUCUCUCACUUUCUCCUCAAUUCAUUUUAUCUUUUCAGACCAAAAAUAUUUCUUUAUUAUUCCAAAACUACAAUGCUCAACUCAUUUACUCCCCAACAACACCAACAAGCUGUCAGUCAGCAUUUAAGUAUAGAACAAUUACUUAGGGCUGCCAAGCUUAUUGAACAACGUGCUAUUAUUGAAAAAAUGCCCUCCCAAUUUAGUGAAAUUGGUGGCUUUUCUGCCAAUUUUGGAGAAAAAUACGAGGCCCGAAUUUUAGCUCCAAAAUUGAGAACUUUUGUUGGCGACCCAAAUUGUGGCCCAAGCUCUACCGGUUCAAGUCAACGUUCUUCCCCCCUCUCCGCUUCUCCAUCACCUGAUUUGGCUGUUCUUGCUUGUCUCCACUCCCCUCAAUAUUAUCAACAACAAACACAACAAAAUUUAACUCUUUUAGAGUCACAACAACGCCAAUCUAUUUCCACUUCUUCAGCUGCCUCAUCUGUCGCUUCGGGUUCUUCUAUGGCAACAACGACAGAUGCGCGGCGUUUGUCAACACGUCUAGACGACAACUUGUCCCCGUCGGCUUCACAUGGUGUGGGGAGCGGGCGAAGGGCUAGCGGCAGUAGACAAAGCAGGGCAGCCCACAACGAAUUGGAAAAGAAUAGACGUGCCAAUCUCCGAGGACACCUCGAGGCUCUUAAAUCUGUUUUGCCACCCGAGAGUGAUACUCAUAGAGACACAACAUUGUCUUUGUUAACGAGGGCUAGGAACUACAUUAAGGUGGUUUGUGGACGAACAAAAGUCUGCCCUUCUCAAAAAACGAGAAGCUCUUCUAGCUGA